AUGAGCAAGGCAAAGUUGGCGUUGCGCGAUAUUUCGCCUGUGAUGCAAAAAUUUAGGGAUUUUCUUCUUGGAAGGAAACAUACGAAUGCUUUACGUUUUGAGCCACUCAUCGCGGCUAGGACUCAACCACAGCCGCAGAUCCCUGAUGGAUCCUCUCACAAACACGCUCAAAACUACUACUACACUCGGGAUGGCCGUCGUGAAGUGGCUCCUCCUAUGAACUUGACGCAACAGCUCUUAUCAGCUAGCAGCGACAAGGGAGCACCAAAGCAAGCAGCGAAUGCUAGGCCUACACCAGGCCCCGUGUACCAGUGGGACAAACACUAUGAAUAA